CGAGGAGGCGAUGGAGCUCGGGGCGGGGCCUUUUCACCGGCGACGCGAGGCCGAGGUGGCAGUGUGCGGACGCGAGGAGGCGGGGUCAAGGAGGGAUGGCGCGCGGGCGCAGGAGGAUGAGGAGGCGGGGUCUAGGAGGGCGGCGUGCCGGCGCAGGAGGAUGUCGGUCGCCGGCUUCCGGUGGGGCGGCGAGGGAGCUCCGGCCGAGCCUUGACGCUGGCGACGCGAGGCCGAGAGGGUGGCGUGCGGGCGUGACGAGACGGGAUCGAGGAGGCCCAGGAAGACACCGUAGGUGGAUGGGGGCUUGGCAAGGGCGCUGGCGGUCGUGACAGUGCGGGCGGCGGCCAACAUGCUCGCUUGGUAGGGGCGGGCGGCGGAUCGAGCGGGUCCUCGCUGGAAGAUUAGAUUUUUUUCCGCCUUGUUUUUAUUCACGCUCUCUUCUUCUCAGAUCUCAAAUGCCCCCUGUUCCUGGUCCGUUUCUUCUCGCCGAUUUCCUCUGGCUCACUUUCCUCCCUCAUCUGUUGAUUCCAUUAUGCAGAUGGCGGCUAGGAGAUCAGCGAGCGUGCUCCCUUUCCGGAUCAAUCUCGUUUAGAAUUUUAAACUGCUUAUUAAGCUGCUUAUGUAAAGUUUUAGAAUUUGUUCACAUAGGCAGCGUGAUUGGGGGCAUAUUUGUUGCUUCCCAAGGUAGUUAGUUUACCACACAUGCAUGUUAGUACUAAACUGCAGAAAACUAUUAAGUCAUCCAAUUCAUGUGGUGUUCAUCACGAUCUGUAUUGUGCAGGCUGCAUAUGAAUGGAGCAUCCUUGUGCUCAUGUCAUCUUGCUUGUACACACCCUUCACAUAAGAUGGAUACAGAGACUAUGACAAUGGCAAAGCUCCGUCAGCGUUAUGAUGAUCUGAAAGAGCGGUAUGCAGUUUCCGAUGUUACUGUUUCACUACAGAAUGUGGCUUCUCAGCUAGGCUACAGCAGCAUCGACUCUUUGAGCCUGGAGGACACGGUCGUUGAGAUUGUGAGUCGGAUUGAGAAGCUGAUGCAAGCAAAGACAAUGAUGGAAGCUGCUGGGAAGCCUGAAUGAUUCGAGCACCGACUGAGGUCCGAGGAAUCAAGUUCGUAGCUUGAUUUCAAUAUUUUUUGCAACAUUCCAUAUACAUAGUGUGUACGUAUGAAGGCUUUGAGGGCAUGCGCCAUGUCGUGUAAAUGAGUCUUUCACGACAUUAUAGUAACACGCUUCCUCGCUGCAAGUUAUUCAUGCGGCCAGUUGUAAAAUGUACAUGGCUCAAUGGCCGAACAUUAAUCAGGAGAUGUUUUUUCCAGUGAGUAA